AUGCAAAUUUUUGUUAAGACUUUGACCGGUAAGACGAUUACUUUGGAAGUGGAGUCUUCCGACACUAUCGAUAACGUGAAGUCCAAAAUUCAAGAUAAAGAAGGUAUUCCUCCAGAUCAACAAAGAUUGAUUUUUGCAGGUAAACAACUGGAAGACGGUAGAACUCUGUCUGACUACAAUAUUCAAAAGGAGUCUACCUUGCAUUUGGUGUUGAGAUUGAGAGGUGGUAUGCAAAUCUUCGUUAAGACUUUGACCGGUAAGACGAUUACUUUGGAAGUGGAGUCUUCCGACACUAUCGAUAACGUGAAGUCCAAGAUUCAAGAUAAAGAAGGUAUUCCUCCAGAUCAACAAAGAUUGAUUUUUGCAGGUAAACAACUGGAAGAUGGUAGAACUCUGUCUGACUACAAUAUUCAAAAGGAGUCUACCCUACAUUUGGUGUUGAGAUUGAGAGGUGGUAUGUGA